CUUUUGCGCCGAAGCACUUUCCUGCAUCACAACACUCUCUUUCAACACUCUCUUUCAUCAUAACAAAUUUCAUAACAUAUUCUUGCAUCGUUAAAUCGAAUGUGUGCUACUUCAUAUACACCCCAGACAAGUUGUAACUAAGUACGACCUUGUCAUGGCGUACAGAAAGUCCUCGUCAGAACCCAUUGCGGUUGUUGGAAGCGGUUGCCGCUUUGCCGGUGGUGCCACUUCGCCUACCAAACUAUGGGACGUCCUAUGCAAGGCACCUGACCUCUCACGGGAGGUACCAGCUAAACGCUUCAGCGCCAAGGCCUUCUACCAUCCUGACGGGGAGUACCAUGGCACCACAAAUUCCAUCAACGCAUAUUGGUUAGAUCAGGACCAUCGGGUUUUCGAUGCGCGCUUGUUCAACAUCAACCCUAAAGAAGCAGAGGCGAUCGACCCCCAGCAGCGCUUACUUCUCGAGGUGGUCUAUGAAGCGAUGGAGUCGGCUGGUUAUACUCUGCAGACCUGGUCUGGAAAGAACGUCGCCGUCUUUGCUGGCGUCAUGAACUCUGAUUAUGAUACCCUCUCUCAACGAGACGAGCUGUCGACAAGCAAAUACUACGCUACCGGAAAUGCCCGUUCCAUCAUCUCCAACAGAGUCUCAUACUUUUUCAACUUCCAGGGUCCGUCUAUGACCAUUGACACGGCCUGUAGCUCUAGCUUGGUGGCCCUUCAUCAAGCUGUGAUAAGCCUACGCUCAGGGGAGAGUGUUAUGGCUUGUGUAACGGGCGUUAACCUACUGAUCACGCCAGAGCAUUUUCUCGCCGAGUCGAGUUUACACAUGUUAAGCCCGACAGGCAAAAGCAGGAUGUGGGAUGCUUCCGCCGACGGAUAUGCGCGGGGCGAGGGCGUAGCUGCGCUACUACUCAAGCCCCUUUCCCGAGCCGUGGCGGACGGAGAUCAGAUAAUGGCAGUGAUCCGAGAGUCCGGAGUCAACGCGGACGGAAGGACCCAGGGAAUCACUUUACCCAACCCACAGGCUCAGGCUAUGCUGAUCAGGGACACCUAUCGCAAGUCGGGCCUAAAUUGCAUGGUACCCGAAGAUCAGUGCCAGUACUUUGAGGCCCAUGGUACGGGUACGCCAGCGGGCGACCCAAGAGAGGCAGCCGCAAUAUACGAGGCCUUUUUUGGUCGUUUGGGAGAUACACAUAACGGAGUUGGUGCUGCUUCAGAGACUAAGAAGCAAUUGUUAGUCGGAUCCGUAAAAACGGUCCUGGGACACACUGAAGGAGCGGCGGGGUUGGCUGGACUCCUGAAGGUCAUACAAGCCAUGAAGCACGGAUCCGUACCCCCAAACUUACACCUUGAAUCCAUCAACCCCAGUGUAGCGCCGUAUUGCACACGCCUUCAGGUCCCAACUUCUCUAGUCCCUUGGCCUAACCCCCCUGAUGGCCAGCCAAGGAGAGCGAGUGUUAACUCAUUCGGAUUCGGAGGUGCGAAUGCGCAUGUCAUUGUCGAAUCGUAUGAACCACAUAUUCACAACGAGAUACAUCAACAACAGCAUCUACUCCGUAAUACUUGUAGUGCCCUCCGAUCCUCCGAGGCUGUUGACAAAGUCCCCUUUGAUUUGCCCCUGGUCUUAUCAGCUGCUUCUCAAAAGUCAUUGCGAACUGUGGUCGCGUCGUACAAGGAAUAUCUUCUGCAACAUCCCGAUGUUAGCCAUGAUGAACUAGCUUUGGCGCUCUUUUCGCGCCGAACGGCCUUACCAUACAGGCUGGUUGUGUCGGCAAGUUCCAGGACUGAGGCUCUGAAUGCAUUUGACAAAAUCCUUAACAAGUCAUCUGCAUCGAGCAACUUCCUCGGUGUUAGAUAUAAGAUUGCUGAUGGUCAACCUAAGAUCCUCGGAAUCUUUACUGGCCAGGGCGCACAAUGGGCUACAAUGUCUAGGUCACUUCUCCUUGCCAACGAAGUGUAUCGGAAGAGUAUAUGUAACCUCGACAAGAUCUUGAGAACCAUUCCCGAUCCUCCUAAGUGGACUCUGAUAGGACAGAUUAUGGCAGAGGGAGAUGCUUCGUUGGUCGAUGUUGCUGCUGUAUCGCAACCUCUUUGUACCGCGAUCCAAGUCGGACUGGUUGACUUGCUGGCCAGUCUUGGUGUUGGUUUCCACACGGUCGUUGGGCAUUCAUCCGGAGAGAUUGCUGCAGCCUACGCAACUGGAAGACUGUCAGCGAAAGACGCAAUUCUUAUCUCCUAUUAUCGAGGGCUCUUCGCGUCUCUUGCUGGUGGCCCCGAAGGCCAAAAGGGUGGGAUGCUUGCGGCAGGACUUUCGGAAGCAGAGGCAUUCCAAUACUGCCAAAAGCCGAUGUUCAAGGACAAAAUACAUGUCGCGGCCAGCAAUUCUCCCUCGAGUGUCACACUCUCGGGUGAUCUAGAUAUGAUUUAUGAUGCCCACGAGGAUCUCGGUAGAUACAAGAAGUUUUCAAGAGUGCUCCGAGUCGAUUCGGCCUAUCAUUCCCCUCACAUGCUCAAGCCGGCAAUUGAAUAUGUUAAGGCUUUGCGAGACAGCGGGAUUGGACUAGGCGUACGGGGUAACGAAACCGUCUGGAUCUCUAGCGUGUAUGGGCGUUCUAUUGGCAGUGAUGAAGAGAUUGGUCCCGGCUACUGGAGAAGCAAUAUGGUCAACAUGGUAAAUUUCAGUGAUGCCGUGGAAAAUGCGAUCUCACAGGAGGGACUAUUUGAUUGUGCCUUGGAAGUCGGACCUCAUCCAGCUCUAAAGGGACCCUUUACACAGACAGCCAAGUCCCUUGGACACGACCUCCCCUAUGCAAGCCUCUUGGACAGAUCUAAAGACGACAUAAUGGCGUUUUCAAAUUUCGUCGGGUUCUUAUGGUCUCAUUUUGGCCCAGAGAGUGUCAACUUCCAACGGUAUAUUGAGCAGUUGUCUGAUCCCAACCUCAGAAACCAUCUUACAGAUUUACCGCUAUACCCAUGGGAUCACAGCCAAAUACACCACUUGGAGUCCCGAAUAUCUCGUCAGUUUCAAUUCAAAUCCGCGGCACCCCACGAACUGCUUGGUGUUCGCACCAGAGAUGAUAACGAACAUCAACUCCGGUGGCGCAACAUGAUCAAGCUUGACAAGCUACCUUGGGUAGAGCAUCAUAGCUUCCAAGGCCAAGCCCUCCUUCCUGCUUCGGCCUACUGUAUCAUGGCACUAGACGCGGCUCAGACCGUUUUUAAUGGGAAGACAGCAUCGCUAGUGGAGUUGCAGGAUAUACAAAUCUUGAGCGGAAUCAACAUCGAUCGAGAGUCAGAAGGGACUGAGAUAUUGUUCACUCUCACCACCCUUUCCCCUAAGAGGGGAUCAGAUACGGAUUUUAUCUUGGAAGCAAGCUUCACCAUGGCAUCUUGUCCAGCUGACGGGACGACCGCCAUGAGGCUGAACAUGACGGGAACUCUAAUAGUCUAUCCAGGGGCCCCAACCCCUGAUGCCCUACCAUCUAGAAAUGCUCCUCAAUCAGAGAUGUCCCAGGCUAAUCCCGAGUCCUUUUAUACCAUGAUGGAGCAGACGGGUUUGGUAUACACCGGGCCAUUCCGAGCUCUAUCGUCCAUCCAACGUCGUUAUAAGCAUUGCUCUGCGACUCUUAGACGUUUACACCCAGAAGACACGACUACGUUGCGGAUUAGUCCGGCUACACUUGACGCCUGCUUCCAAUCCGCAUUUCUAACUCAUGCGUCACCGGGAGAUGGGUCACUCUGGACAUCGUUCCUCCCAAUACGUAUUGAUCGACUACGUUUCAAUCUUGCGACAUAUGACGGGGCAUUCGUGACAAGUCCGGCGGAUGAACUAACGGUAGAUACUGCCUUGGUAGAAAUCCAGCCUACGACAUCGAGCUCCAAAGCUACCAUUGUAGUUGACGUGGGUAUCUUCAACGAUGCCGGUGUUAUGGAAGUACAAGUGGAAGGCCUAGCGGUUUCGGCUAUAGCACAGACGCAACCCAAGGACGACUAUGAGCUUUACCUCCACACUGUCACCGAUGUUGAUCCCACCGACACAAUAGUGCAGGACACGUCGCCUGCGAGUUACGAUCCAGCUCUCGUGGAGAGCUGUGCCCGAGUUGCAACCUUCUUCGUGAGGGAGGGCUGUCAAGAAGCCACAUUUGAAAUGAACGCAUACUACAAACAACUGGCGGAAUCAUUCCCAUCAAUUCUUGGGACGAUGAAUGCUGAUUACUGGCGUUCGGACACGGAGCAAUCCGUAGACCGCCUGAUCCAGGAUUCGCAUUAUCGUGUCCUCCUAGAUCUCAUUCGGUCUCUAAGUAUGUCCCAGCCAGAAAACAUCUUGACUCUUCUUAACGACUUAAUUGAUGAGACACACCAUCUGUCCUUCUUUGGCCGUCAUGUGGGACGAAUUGCGAAACAGAUCGCUCAUCGGUAUCCGGACAUGGACAUCCUGAGUAUCACCAGCCCUGAAGCUGAGUUUGUCACAAAUGUGCUGUCUGCCAUUGGCUCGUCAUUCUCUUCCUUUACGGAUGGCACAGGCAAGGUACGUGACGCAGAAAAGUAUACCCGAAUGGUGGAGUUGGUCAACCGAGAAUAUCGAUCCGUGCCUCUCAAUUUCACAAGGAGUGUCGAGAGUCAAGAUAAGGAUUCGAAGCGGUACGAUUUGGUUAUAUUAUCAGCCUCUAUGCUAGAGCAAGGAAACGCUCCCGAUAUCUUGAAACGUAUCAGUUCUAUCAUGACUGCGGGGGGCUUCUUGAUAGUGACUCAAGUUCCUACAUCUCCGAUAGACCGACUGCGUCAACUCGAUGACCAGCAAGAUAUAUCCGAAGCCCUAACACCCCCUGAAUGGCCUGAUUUUCUUGAUGCGUAUGACUUCAUCCAUGUCGCCAAGAAUAGCGAUCAAUCCUAUUAUCCUGGAUUUUCUGUCAUGGUCCGACAGUUGAGCAACUCACAACUUGAGCUCAUCAAGGACCCUUCCAACGUCGUAGGCGGUGCCCUAACAGACCACCUGCUUAUCGUAGGUGGUGCAGAGAAUUCGUGCCACAAGCUAUCCGAGCAUUUACAAGAAUUCCUAUCACCACUUUGCAGACAGGUCUCCUUCUGUACUUCUUUCGCCGAUGCCAAUUCCUCAGACCUAGAUGGAUGUACCGCGGCCAUAAUCCUAGCGGACCUUGAGAAGCCACUGAUGGCAAAUAUGACACAGAAGCUGCUAGAUCAGCUGCGCGAAUUGUUACGGCCCGGCAUGAAGAUAUUAUGGCUUACAGUCGACUCGAGAUUUGGGAAUCCGGAUCAUGCGGCUACUUAUGGUUUCACACGUACCAUUUCGGCCGAGAUUCCCGGUCUCGCGCUACAGAUGCUGGAUUUAGAGAAGAUUGAGGGCUCAGGGGACAUAGUGGCCGAUAACUUUAUCCGCCUAAUGGCACCGAGUAGCGACUUGUGGACGGCAGAACGCGAGAUUCAUAUGGAGGGCGGACUGCGACUAAUCCCCCGUAUCGUUCCUUUGAAGGAGUCCAACGACCGGGUCAACUCCAUGCGACGAGUCGUUUCGAGCCAACGGAACACUUCCCAGGAGUCUAUCGAGGUUGUUCCACGUCUCAUAUCUCGUGGGUUAAUUCGCUAUGAGGCUAGAGAUGGGCAGCCUAUCACUCACCACCCACUCCCUGAUCAACAUCUGAUUCGCGUAGACUAUGGCUCUGUGGAAGCGUUGAAGCUUGACACUGAUAGUCAAACCUCGAACUACGUGUGCUUCGGAAUCAGCAUUCCUACCGGCGAACCGGUCAUGGCGAUAUCUGAAAGCAACUCGUCCUACAUCUCGGUGCCCACCGAGCAGGUAGCUUUCAUGCAGCUGAGUGAGAGAGUCGGCCUAUCACUUAUAUCCCUGACUUUGAGAUAUCUGGUCGGCGACAUAAUAUUAGCCAAGACUCGAAAUCAACGAAUCAUCCUGAUCGAUGCGGACCCCAUACUCGCGCAAUAUGUUUCAGAAACUAGUCGUGUCACUUGCUAUUCGACCUCGGACUCGGCUCGAGUAUGUACCGGUAAACACACGCCCCUAUUAGUGCAUCCGCACGCUUCAGCCCUGCAAAUAAAGGCGAUGUUCCCAGCCGCAGGUGCGGCAAUUUUUGACUUCCAGCCACGGGGGGCGUCAUGUCUGUCGCAGAAGAUUUCAGAUUUACUUCCGGCCAACUGCGAUUACUAUUAUCGUACCGAGUUACUAAGGUCGCGCAGAAUAUAUGGUUCAUUCGUUGAGCGCGAGCGUCGCUUAAAGGUGACCUGGAGAGCAGCAAUGCUCAAAGCCUUCAAAACGGCUGUUACUAGCCAGCAAAGCCACCACAAAUUCGAUGCAGUCUCCCUUCCAGAUUUGCAAGCGAAUAUCAUGGUUUCGACCUCGCCGUUUCGAGUGCUGGAUUGGCGAGCCGAUCGCAAUGUUACAUGCAUUGCAAAGUCGCUCCCAAGUGAGCAAAUUUUCCGCGAGGACAGGACCUACGUCCUUGUUGGGCUGACCAAGGACUUCGGACAGAGUCUGUGCCAUUUGCUUGCGGAGAAUGGUGCCCGGAACAUCAUCGUAGCCAGCCGUACACCUAAAAUGGAACCCAAGUGGGUUGCAGAGUUGGGCGAUGCUUAUGAUGCAAAUAUUCAGGUGCGGAAGUGUGAUGUCACUGACGUCGAAAGCGUCUAUGCCUUGAAGGAGGAUUUGUCUAGGACUAUGCCGCCCGUUGCUGGGGUCAUCAACGGAGCCAUGGUCCUCGACGACCGCGUCUUUGCGCAGAUGGACGAACACACUUGGAACCGAGUGCUACGGCCCAAGGCUGUUGGAUCACGGAACCUGGAUGUUGUAUUCAACGAACCGAAUCUCGAGUUCUUCAUCAUGACAUCCUCCUUCGCAGCCAUCGGUGGUCAUCCGGGUCAGUCUAACUAUGCCGCAGCCAAUAUGUACAUGAACGGAUUGGCAGGUGAGAGACGUCGACGUGGUCUCGCGGGGUCGGUACUGAACAUUGGUGUAAUCUACGGCAUCGGGUUUUUGCAGCGCGAAAAGGAGGAAUUGUACAUCGGUUUAGAGCGUGAGGGAUACCCUCCUAUCUCCGAACGUGAUAUCCAUCAUAUGUUCCUCGAAGCCAUAGUAGCAGGUCGUCCCGGAGACCAGGGAUGCACCGAGUCGUUUAUCGACUUUACGACUGGUCUCAGUCGAUUCGACCCCUUUGAUUUGAAUCCUUUGCACUGGCACACGGACCCGCGUUUCAGCCAUUAUACUCGCAGGUUCAAUGAAGAUGAUGCAGGUGCCGCCGCGGCAGACUCUUGGGAGAGCCUCGCAGAUACUAUCAAGGGUAUCGCAGAUUCGAGGGCAGUUGCCGAAGCCAUCCUAGACGCUUUAACAGUGAGACUCGAAUCACUCCUCCGCCUAGCUAAGGACACUAUUAGCCCAGUCUCCAGUCUCUCUGACCUAGGCGUUGAUUCGCUCGCGGCCGUCGAUGUCCGUGGUUGGAUCUUCAAGACGAUUGGCAAAGAUGUGUCAGUCAUUAAGCUGCUCAGUGGUGUCAGCAUUGAAAAAUUAUGCACCGAGCUAGCUGAGCAAAUAAUGUCCGACCGCGUUAAAGCGGAGAGUAAUCAUGCCAAUUAAUAAAGGAACCGGUCUCGGCUUCGAGUUGUCGAUGGUGGUCAAUAGUGUGGCGUA